UACGAAGCCGCCCAAACAACCAACCAUGGCGAGCUCGAGCCAGAAACAAGGCUCGAGCAAGUACGUGACCCUCAUCUCCAGCGAUGGCUUUGAGUUCGUCGUCCUGCGAGAAGCUGCGUGCAUCAGCAAAGCAAUCAAGAAGAUGUUGGCUGGGAGCUUCUUGGAAACGAAACGUGGCGAUCGAUGUCAUUUUGAGGAAAUCAAUGGUAUCGUCCUGGAAAAAGUCGCCGAGUACUUCUGCUACAACCACAAGAAUCGGAAUCGAGAAGACGUACCUGACAUGGAGAUCCCGCCUGAACUUUGCUUGGAAUUAUUGAUGGCGGCGGAUUAUUUAGACACAUGAGGAACGUAGCUGUGGCAUGUAACGGCGUUAAUGGAACACAUAGGUACAGGUAGACCGGCGCAUGGUGGCUUCUUCGACGCAUUCUACCAAAUGGAAAGAGAUGAAUCUGACUCCCAGCCAUGCUAUCAACGUGCUUGUCCAAAAGGACACAACUCCAUCUGAG